AGUUUUGACUCAUCCAAAACUAAAACCAAACGCAGUGCAUAAAUCCCCAUAUCAAUUUUCAAUCUCUUCACUAUUCCCGCCACCUCACUAUACAAAGAGGGAACCCAAAAUUUCAAAACUUUAUUAAUAGUAAUCACUUCUCUCCUCAUUCUCAAUCUACCGCUACUUUACUUCAUUUCAAUUUCAAAACCCAUUUCCCAAAAUCGCUUAUUUUCAAAAUCGAUUAUUGCUACCAAAAUGGAAAUCGAUUCAGCUUCACCAGAACUGAACGUGAAAGGGAGUGAUGCGAAUGGAAAGAAAUUGAAUCGGAACAAUAAAUGCGGAGUUCGUGUUAUUGGAAAUCGAAUCUAUGAUUCUGCUAAUGGCAAAACUUGUCAUCAGUGCCGGCAAAAAACAAGGGACUUUUCUGCUGCUUGUAAGAAUCCAAGAACUGGGAAGCCUUGCCAAAUUAGGUUCUGCCACAAGUGCCUCUUGAACAGAUAUGGUGAAAAGGCAGAAGAGGUAGAACUAUUGAAUGAUUGGAUGUGCCCAAAGUGCAGAGGCAUUUGCAACUGCAGUUUUUGCAUGAAAAAAAGAGGUGAACAACCAACUGGUAUACUAGUUCAUUCGGCCAAGGCAUCGGGUUUUAACUCUGUGUCAGCAAUGCUUAGAAAGAAGGCUUCUGAAAGUUUGGAAACGAACAAUGCUGUGGUUUUGCCUAUAAAGGAAACUACACUGGAAAAGGAGCUAGUGGUAGAUCUAUUUGGGGAACCCGAGAAGCUGAAUUCACUAGGUGGAAACAAAGGUUUAAAGGUUGAAAAUGAGAAAACCAAGAAAGUGAAUCGGAAAAAGUUAAAGGAACCUACUUUGGAAAAGGAGCUUGUAGUGGAUCUAUCUGGGGAACCUGUGAAGCAGAAUUCAGUAGGUGGAAACAUAGGUUUAAAGGUUGAAAAUGGGAAAACCAAGACAAUGAAGCGGAAAAAGUUAAAGGAAGAUACUCUGGAAAAGGAGCUAGUAGUGGAUCUAUCAGGGGAACCUGGGAAGCAGAAUUCAGUAGGUGAAAACAUAGGUUUAAAGGUUGAAAAUGAGAAAACCAAGACAGUGAAGAAGAAAAAGUUAAAGGAAACUACUCUGGGAAAGGACCGGAAGGAGUAUAUACUACAGGAGGUUGUCUUGGGUCUAUCAUGUGAACCUGGGAAAGAAAACUCCUCAGGUGGAGUUAAUGCUUCAAAGGUUGGACGUGAGAAAACCAAGAAAGUGAAGCGGGAAAACUUAAAGGAAAUAUCCAAUGGCAACAGUGUUGAUGAUGCUUGCCAAAACAAGAAAUCGAAAAAGCCUAAACUUUCUAAUGUAGUUUCAGAGGGUGGAGUGAAACCAAAAGCAGAUUCUGAAAUGGGAACAAAAAUAGGGGAGAAUCAUGGCACUGUUGUGAUAGGAGAUGGUGACAAUGCUGGUGCCAAGUCCCAAACAAAUGCUAAAGUUUUGCAUGAAGAAAAAAUUAAGGAAGAAAUUUCUUUCCCCCUUGGCACUGAGAUGACUAAAAUAUUAGACAUUGAGUUUGCACCAGAAGAUGUUGGGAAUGCAUUGCAGUUUUUAGAAUUCUGCAAAGUGUUUGGAAAGGCUCUUGAUGUCAAGAAAGGAGAAGCGGUAGCUGUUCUAAGAGCAUUGAUACGUAAGCAAAAUUUGCGACGUGGACAAAACACCUUAGUGGUUGAGUUCCAAAUCAAACUGUUGACUUUGAUAGUAUCUGAUUCAGAAACCGAGUCUUCAUCCUUAACUGCUAGCAAUGGAAAAAACUCAUGGUUGAAAGUUCUGGAGGAUUUGAUUACCGAAUCUGAUGCUGCGCUAAAAGAAUUUCCUGCGGAUUGGCUUAAUAAAGGCAUAAGCGGAUAUUAUGAUUUGGACUUAUCCAAAAAGCUUAUCCUUCUGAAUUUUAUUUGUGAUGAAGCUUUGAGCACGAUGAAGCUAAGGAAUUUUAUAGAUGAUCAAAAUGCAAGAUUUGCUGAAGAAAAGAAAGCAGCAAAGUCUAAGGUUUCUGAUGCUAAGGAAAAGGAAAGAAGUCUUAAGCAAAAGUUGCAGGAUGAGAUUGCAAAUGCUGUUGUAUCAAGUGGAGCUAGCCUCUCAAUUUCAGAACAUGAUGCUCUUCUUGCAAAGAUAAAAAGUGAAGCAACUAAAGCUCAUACUGAGUUGAUUGAGGCAAAAGGCACAAUUCCUAAACGGAACCGGCAUUGUGAUACAGUGAGAAUUGAGCCUGAAUACUUGGAUAGCAAUGGUAAGACAUUCUGGAAAUUAAGAAGCUGUAAUGAUGAAUAUGCCUUUAUGUUACAAGAUUUGAAGAUCCAUGAUGAAGAUGGUGUUGAAGUUGAUGAAAAAUGGUUUGUUUAUGGAGCUGAACAGAAGGACGAGGUUAAUAAGUACAUUUCCUCUAGGAGACAUUGGUUACCAAAGCUGACUUCAACCUUCUAGGGAUAUUAGUAAUGAAGGGUCAUUCCCAUUUUUUGGUGAUAGAGACAAGACUCCUUAAGUUUCAAUGUAAUUAGUUACCAUUUGUAGCUGGUUUCUUUUAUUUUACUGUAUAAUGUUUUUCAAUUAACAUUUGUUGCUAUUAAAUGAUGUAUGUCUCAUGAAUGAUGGUUCCAUUUUGGCCAAAAUACAAGUUUAGUCCUUGAUCUUUUACAUAGAAUA